AUGGUCUGCUCGGCUGCCCCCGUGCUACUCCUGGCCAUGACUCUCCCCCUGGUGGGGCCACCCGUGGCCCGAGCAUCCCAACCUGGACCCAGCCAGGCGGGAGGGGAAUCUGGGCAGCAGCUGGACCAAGAGAGUGGAGCAGGUGAAUCAGUCCUGCUCUCGGUCUAUGUCCAGCUGGUCUUCUCAGAUGGGGGCUGGCCAGCAGCGCUCUCCAGGCCCCUGCCUCUGCCCCCAGCCUCCGCUCCCUUUUCCCCGAGAACUCUCACUGGCCUCAGCCUCACGACAGAGUGUAAAGUCAAGCCGGAUGGGUUUACCUAUUGUGCCUGCCUGUCUGGAUACCAGUGGAAUGCCAGCAUCUGCUCCCGCCACCAGCUUUGCCAGCCCGCCUACAACCACCGGCCCUGUGGCUGUCUGGUCUUCAGCCCUCCUGCAGCCGGGUACUGCCAGCUGCUGCCACCUGCCCCCGGCAGCCUGAGCCUGAACACCUGGCUGCAGAUGCCUGGCCACACGCUGAACCUGACCCUCCUCACGAGCCAGGAGACCACCAACCUGAGCUGGUUCCUGCGGCGGCACUCGGGGAGCCCCAGCCCCAUCCCCCUGCAGCCCGGGGCACAGGUGUCCCUGACAUCCAGCCAGGGCCAGGCUGUCCUCAGCAUCCGCAACAUCUCCCAUGAGUGGGAAGGGGAGUACGUGUGCUGCUUCGAGGCCCAGGGAUUCCGGUGGGAGCUGUACCAGGUGGCGAGGGUGCCCCUGCAGGCGGCAGAUGUGGCUCCGCUUCCGGACCAGCUCUCCAUCUCCUGUGCCAGCUCCCCUGGCUUUCAGCUGAGCUGCUGCAUCCCCUACACGCCCCUGGGCUACACGGCUUCCUGGAGCCCUGCCGAGGGCAGCGAAGCCUCCUCCUUCAGCACACCAGGGGACCGGUGCCUUGUGCUGGCCGCUCAGCACUGCCCUGCAGCUGACAUGACAUACACUUGUGACCUGCAGAGCCCAGGACUGACUCCUCUCAGGGUCCCCGUCUUUGUCACCGUCAUCCAGGAUGGAGACACCACCUGCCCCAAGGACUCCGCCGUUGUGGCCUGGAAUGUCACCAAGGCUGGCCAUGUGGCUCAGGCCCCCUGUCCUGUGAACAGGACAGGCAUGGUGAAGAGGACCUGUGGGCCUGAUGGGGUCUGGGGGCCCAUCCACAGCAGCUGCACAGACACACGGCUCCUGGCCUUGCUUCGGAGAGCCCAGCUGCUGUGGGCAGGCCAGGGCUGGCCUGCUGAAGAGGUGCCACAGAGCCUGGCGCAGCUGCUGGAGCAGACAGAGGUGGUGAGCUCACCCUCUGACUUAUUGGCACUGCUGGGCACCAUGACAUCCCUGGCCAAGGUGGUGGCAGACACUGGAACACCGCUCCACCGCAGUGCCCUGGAGGCUCUCCUGAAAACCACAGACAAGGUCCUAGACAUGGACGCCAGUUCCCUGUGGACCCCGACCCAGGUCCAGAAGCCCUCGGCGGCCUCAGAUCUCCUGCUGGCGGUGGAGACCCUGGCACACAGCCUGUACCCACAGGAUCAGCCCUUCUCCUUCAGCUUGCCCAAUGUGCAGUUGCAGACCCAGCUCCUCACGCCCUCACUUCCUGCUGACUACAGAGUCUCCUUCUCCACUCAGCCCCGGCUACAGGCAAAGAUUCCCAGACGCUCCCUGGCCCCACUGGUUACAAGCAAUAGUAACUUCACGAUUACUAGCCUGGUGCUGCGAAAACUGGACCACCUCCUGCCCUCAAACUACGGACAAGAGCUGGGGGACUCCAUCUACGCCACUCCUGGGCUGGUCCUCUCCAUCUCCAUCAUGGCAGGUGGCCAGGCCUUCAACCGGGGAGAAGUCAUCAUGGACUUUGGGGACAGAGAUGACCCCUUUCACUGUGUCUUCUGGGACCACCAUCUUUUCCAGGGCAGCGGGGGCUGGUCAGGUGAAGGGUGCCAGGUGAAGGCAGCCAAUGCCAGCGCCUUGGUGACCCCAAGACACAAUCACUGCAUCUGUCGGCAUCUCACUGCCUUCUCCAUCCUCAUGUCCCGACACACUGUUCCGAGAAACCCUACCCUGGAGCUGCUGAGUCAGGUGGGCUUGGGGGCCUCCAUUCUGGCCCUGCUUGUGUGUCUGGGCGUGUACAGGCUGGUGUGGAGAGUCGUGGUACGGAACAAAGUUGCCUACUUGCGCCACGCAGCCCUGCUCAACGUGGUGCUCUGCCUGCUGGCCGCGGACACCUGCUUCCUGGGAGGCCCCCUGCUUCCUCCAGGGCCCCGCAGCCCACUCUGCCUGGCCGCUGCCUUCCUCUGUCAUUUCCUCUACCUGGCCACCUUUUUCUGGAUGCUGGCUCAGGCCCUGAUGUUGGCCCACCAGCUGCUUUUCGUCUUCCAUCAGCUGUCCAAGCGCCGAGUCCUCUCCCUGAUGGUGGUUCUCGGCUACCUUUGCCCGAUGGGGUUUGCAGGUGCCGCCCUGGGCCACUAUCUACCCCGAGGGCAGUACCUGGGGGAGGGGGUGUGCUGGUUGGAUGGGAAGGGAGGGGCGCUGUACACCUUCGUGGGGCCGGUGCUGGUCAUCGUGGGCCUGAACGCGCUGGUCCUCGCCAUGGCCAUGCUGAAGCUGUUGAGACCCUCGCUGUCGGAGGGACCCCAGGCAGAGAAGCGCCAAGCCCUGCUGGGGGUGAUCAAAGCCCUGCUCGUCCUCACACCCAUCUUCGGCCUCACCUGGGGGCUGGGCCUGGCCACUCUGCUCGAGCAAGUCUCCAUCGUCCCUCACUACCUCUUCAUCAUUCUCAACAGCUCCCAGGGCGUCUUCAUUCUGCUGUUUGGUUGCCUGAUGGACAAGAAAGUACGAGAGGCUUUACUCAAACGCUUCGGCUGUGCCCACCCCCCCAACUCCACCAUCUCCCUGGCCACAAAUGAAAGCCACCUCCCGGAACCCAGCAAAAGGAGAAGCGAAAAUGCCAGUUAUGAAGAAAAGAUGACUUAA